GACGUCAUCGGCGUCGCGAAGACGGGCAGCGGCAAGACGCUGGGCUUCCUCGUGCCCGCGUUCAAGCAGCUCUGCGGCAACAACCCGGGUCCCAUGCCCGGCCAGCCGAACGCGCCGCGCGUGCUCGUGCUGGCGCCGACGCGCGAGCUCGCGACGCAGAUCGCCGAGGAGUGCGUCAAGUUCGGCGGGCCCCUGGGCAUCCGCUCCAUCUGCUGCUACGGCGGCAGCCCCAAGGGCCCGCAGCUGGGGGCCUUGCGGAGCGGCGCGCACGUCGUCAUCGCGACGCCCGGGCGCCUCAACGACUUCCUCGAGGGCGGCAUGGUGUCCAUGCACAACGUCAACUACUUGGUCUUCGACGAGGCGGACCGCAUGCUCGACAUGGGCUUCGAGCCGCAGAUCCGGAAGAUUGUGGCGCGAUGCCCCGGAGACCGGCAGACGCUCUUCUUCACGGCGACGUGCUGUGCGACGUGGCCCAAGGAGGUGCGGCGCCUCGCGUCGGAGUUCCUCGCGGAGCCCGUGAUCAUCUACGUCGGCGACACGACGGGCGCGUUGCGCGUCAACAAGGACGUGUGCCAGAAGAUCUUCGUCACGAGAGGUCCGCAGGAGAAGGACCGCUACCUCGCGGACUGCAUCCGCAAGGAGACGCAGGCCGCGGCCGGCGGCGUCGCGCGCGUCAUCGUCUUCGCCAACGCGAAGCGCAUGUGCGACCAGCUCGAGCGCACGCUCCCGCGGGCCGUGGGGGUAAGGUGCGCGGCGAUCCACGGCGACAAGGACCAGAUGCAGCGCACGCAGACGCUCAACGCCUUCAAGGUCGGCAUCUGCCCCGUGCUGAUCGCGACGGACGUCGCCGCGCGGGGCUUGGACAUCAAGGAGGUCAAGGCCGUCGUCUGCUACGACUUUCCCAACAACGUCGAGGACUACGUGCACCGCAUCGGCCGCACGGGCCGCGCGGGCGCCAAGGGCAACGCCUACACCUUCUUCACGCAGCGCGACGACCGGAAGGCCGCCCAGCUCGUCAAGUUGUUGGACGACGCGCAGGCCGAGGUGCCCGACGAGCUCCGGGCCAUGGCCCAGGGCCGCGGCUUCUGCCCCUCGAACAUGCAGUUCAGCCAGGGCGGCCCGCCCCCGCCGCCGGGGGCCUACGGCGGCGGCGGCGGCUACGGCGGCGGCGGCGCCUACGGCGCG